AUGUCGAUUUCCAUACCGUCGGUGGCUUUUAAUGAUAGAACCAAGAGGCAUGGGGUAGUAGUACGUUGGAUGGGAACGUUUGGAGGCGGAGAGCGCGUCUAUGAGAUGUGCAAGAAAGCUCUCAAGGCUGGCUAUCGCCAUUUUGAUACGGCAGAGGUCGGAAGGGCUAUCCGAGCUUCCGGUAUACCACGAAACGAGAUCUACAUCACUACCAAGCUUCCACAAAUCAUUGGAAAAUCGCUUCGUGACCUCGACUGUGAAUAUGUUGAUCUCUACCUCAUGCAUUGGCCUCAAGCGACAAAGAUUGGGUCCAAUGGAGAGACUAUCACUUUGAGGCCCGACGAGCAUCCUACUAUUAUCGAUACUUGGAAGGACAUGGAGAAACUCCUCGCCACGGGCAAAGUGAAGACCAUCGGAGUCUCGAAUUUUUCUAUCAAAACUCUUGAACAGCUUCUACCUCAGUGCACCGUCAUCCCGGCCACCAAUCAAGUCGAGUGUCACCCAUGUCUCCCCCAAGGAGAUCUCAAGAAAUACUGCGACGAGAAGAACAUUCCUCUUACUGCUUAUUCUCCGCUAGGACAAGGCCCGUUCCUUUUGAACGAUACUACCAUCAGAGCCAUUGCUGAAGAGCUGCACGUCACGGCAGCUCAGGUUCUUCUUAGCUGGGCCGUCCAGCGUGGAACAGUCGUGAUCCCAAAGAGUGAAAAUGAAGAAAGAAUGACUGCGAAUAUACAGCUCGUGGAGCUGUCUGACGCACAGAUUGACCGGAUCAACAGUAUUCAUUUGCAGCCUGGAAUGCACAAGUCACUUUUAGGAUAUCAUCAGCCCGACGGCACUGUUUUCGGCUGGUCGUAUGAGGAACUUGGCUGGAACAUGGUCCAAGGUGGUGUUGUCCCGGAGUGA